AUGCUAACCAAAUGGCGCAAGUUGAUGGGAAUUGGAGAGUCUGUAACAGUCCUCAUACCUCAAAGUACCGCAUUUGGGAAGGAUAUCGCCAUUGUUUCAGAGGAGGAACUGAGCGCUGCACAGAAGACGCUGGAUAUGUCAGGGACCUUCUAUUCAUCCUAUGUCUCGGUUUCGAAACUAUCUGUCUACGUCAGCCUCCUCGCUUUAUCGCCCAGCCUAAUGCAUCGAUACAUGACACAUGCUGUGGGUGGCAUCGUCGUGGGAUGGAUGAUAACGUCCUUCUUGGGAGUGGCUUUCCAAUGCGGAGCACAUGGCCGUUGGGAUACCAAGGGCGCACGCUGCAUUAACAUGCAUGGGUGCUUAGCCUACAUGGCGGUCACCAACAUUCUGACAGAUGCGGCACUCAUUGCUAUACCUACCGUCAUUGUAUACCCAUUGCACACGGCCUUCGGGGUACGCGUUACGGUUAUCGCCUUCUAUAUGACUCGUAUACUCGUCAUUGUGGCCACCAUCUGUCAAUUAGUCUACCUUUCAAGACUGUUCGGCGAUAACUUUACACUCGACUCGUUCCCUUACUACCUCUCUGCCCAGUUCGUCCAGUUCACAAGUAUCACAGCCUCAUGUGUUGUGUACUUCUGGCCCUUGCUCAAGUCUCUGCAGAGCGGAUUCAUGUUGGCCAAUGACCCGAAAUCAUCUCACCAGCAAUCGUUGGCUACAUUUUCGAAACCGACCUUGCCGAGCACGCGGCCGUCGCGCAACGGAGAUCGAAGGCCAUACAUUGAGAUCACAUUGGACGUAGAAGUACAUCAGGAGGGGAAUACGGCAUCGUCUAUUCCUGCUGCCGAGAGGUAUAACUUUGCCUGGGAGCAACAGUAG